UCCACCAAUCAGCGCAAUCCACAUGUUUUGAGAAGGUCGUUUCGUGUUUCUCGCUGUGUGAGCAUAACGAUAAAAAUCCAUUAAUUAAAUUAAUAUUAAUAUAAUGUUUGAAGUUUUUAUCCAAAAAUGAACGUGAACUCUGUGCCCGUCUUGCUUUUACUGACUUUCAUUUCGGUAACCUCAGUUCUAGCAGGGCGAGACUUUUACAAAAUACUGGGUGUCUCAAAAAGCGCCAGUUUGCACGAAAUCAAAAAGGCCUAUCGUCGCCUAGCCAAAGAGCUGCACCCUGACAAGAACCAGGAAGAUCCGGAAGCCUCCCAAAAAUUCCAGGACCUGGGGGCCGCCUACGAAGUCCUCUCAGACGAGGAAAAACGCAAGAAGUAUGAUAGAUGCGGGGAGGACUGUCUCCAGAAAGACGGGAUGAUGGACAGUGGGAUGGACCCCUUCGCCAGCUUCUUCGGCGACUUCGGGUUCCCCUUCGGGGGCGGCGAACAGAAGCACGAGACUCCGAGAGGCGCUGACGUGGUGAUGGACAUCGCCGUGACCUUGGAGGAUUUAUAUUCGGGCACUUUUAUCGAAAUUACGCGGAAUAAGCCGGUGAUGAGGGCGGCCAAAGGCACCAGGAAGUGCAACUGCCGGCAAGAGAUGAUCACGCGGAAUCUGGGGCCCGGGAGGUUCCAGAUGAUGCAGCAGACGGUGUGCGACGAGUGUCCGAACGUUAAGCUAGUCAAUGAGGAGCGCGUUUUGGAGAUGGAAGUGGAGCCGGGGAUGGUUGAUGGGCAAGAAACGAAGUUUACGGCUGAGGGGGAGCCCCAUUUAGAUGGGGACCCUGGCGAUUUGAUACUUAAGAUAAAGACGCAGCCGCAUCCCGUUUUUGAGCGCAGAGGGGACGAUCUGUACACUAACAUCACGAUUAGUUUACAAGACGCCCUUGUGGGGUUCACUAUGGAACUCCAGCAUCUGGAUGGUCACAUGGUUUCGAUAAGUAGGGACAAAAUCACUUGGCCCAAUGCCAGGAUAAGGAAGAAAGGAGAAGGCAUGCCAAACUAUGAUAAUAAUAACUUGCAUGGGAAUUUAUUUAUUACAUUUGAUGUAGAGUUCCCCAAACAAGAAUUAUCAGAUGAUGACAAAGAAGCUAUCAAGAAAAUUCUAAAUCAGAGCUCAAGAAACAAAGUUUAUAAUGGACUAAGAGGGUUUUAAUUUAAUUUAAUUAUAAAUAGCAAGUUUUGUAUAUAAAAAAGACUAUAAUGAAGUGUGCUUGAGUGUAUUGUGAAUUAAUUUAUUACCUUUAUUCUUACUCUGUUAAGGUAUGACCUUAAAACCUUUGCCCGUUCAUAGACUUUUCUACAGUUUUACGUUUCCUGUUCAUUUAUCAAAUGUAAAGGAAAAUUUUGUAAUAUAUUGUACUGUCUUUACCA